UCCACCUAAUAUAAUGGCCGGAAGCGCGAGCGCCACUCCGGUCCUCCUUGUCAUCGUAGUCGCGGCCCUCGCCGCGGGGGCCAGCGCGACAUCGAAGCUGACGCCGCUCAGCAUCACCAACCGGUGCUCCUUCACGGUGUGGCCGGCGGUGGCCUCCGCAGGCCUCGGCACCGAGCUCCAUCCAGGAGCCAACUGGACCGUGGACGCGUUGGCGAUCCACUACACCGCGGACAUAUGGGGGCGCACGGGCUGCUCCUUCGACGCGGCAGGCAGGGGGCGGUGCCAGACGGCGGACUGCGGCAGCGGGCUGCGGUGCCGGAGCACCGACCCUGCGGCGCCGGCGACCAAGGCCCAGGUCGCCAUCUCCGAGGGCUUCUACCACUACGGAAUCACGUUGGACAAGGGGUUCAACCUGCCCAUGGAUCUCACGUGCAGCUCCGGCGACGCGCUCCGGUGCCGGGAGGACGGGUGCCACGACGCGUUCCCGUACGUGAAGUACAACGACCACUCAUGCACCGCCGCCGGCAGCCGGCUCCAGAUCGUCUUCUGCCCAUGAUGAGCUAGCUAGCGGCAGAACGUAAACAUAUAACCUACACAUAUACUACGUGUAGUAGUACAUACUCAGACGUGUCAUGUAUUCUCAGCGGUACGUACGUACACGUAUGAACGCACGUGCGAGUUUCCAAUAAAAUUGCCAUGUGUGAUGUGCCUUUGAUAUAUUGUUCUUUUUUAUCGAAUGCCUUUGAUAUAUUGUUC